CGAUGACGAACGCAGGAUGACGAAAGCGCUGCGCGAGAAUUCUACGGCGGAAGUAUCGCGAGAGCGACCAUAUGCGGAUGGAGGAAUCCCCCAGAAAGAUGGCGACGCCGCCGGAGGAAGACAGCCUGGAGUCUCGCAUCAACAAAGCCACCAACCCUUUAAACAAAGAGACAGACUGGGAAAGCAUCAAAGCCUUCUGCGAACAGCUCAACAAUGAACUGGAGGGCCCCCAGUUGGCCACCAGACUUUUGGCCCACAAGAUCCAAUCACCCCAGGAGUGGGAAGCCAUGCAGGCACUUACGGUGCUGGAGACCUGCAUGAAGAACUGCGGGAAGAGGUUUCACAGCGAGGUGGGCAAGUUUCGCUUCCUCAACGAGCUCAUCAAGGUGGUGUCUCCCAAGUACCUAGGUACCAGGGCUCCUGAACCAGUGAAGAAGAAGGUGCUAGAAGUGAUGUACAGUUGGACGGUGUGCCUACCGGAAGAGACCAAGAUCUCGGACGCCUACCAGAUGUUGAAGAAGCAGGGCAUCGUUAAACAAGACCCCAUCCUUCCCGAUGACAAACCACUCCCCCCACCGCCACCCAGACCUAAGAACGCAAUUUUUGAGGAUGAGGAGAAGUCGAAGAUGUUGUCUCGCCUGCUAAACAGCACUCAUCCCGAGGAUCUGAGAGCAGCCAACAAACUCAUCAAGGAGAUGGUGCAGGAGGACCAGAAGCGCAUGGAGAAGGUCUCCAAGCGUGUCAACGCCAUACACGAGGUGAAGGAGAGCGUCAGCCUGCUCACCCAGCUGCUCAGUAGCUACAGCAAGGAGACCUGCUCCCACAGCAAUGCUGAGCUCAUCAAGGAUUUGUACCAGCGUUGUGAAAAGAUGAGACCCACGCUGUUCCGGCUGGCCAGUGACACAGAGGACAACGAUGAGGCCCUGGCGGAGAUCCUGCAGGCCAACGACAGCUUGACUCAGGUCAUCAACCUGUAUCGGCAGCUGGUGAAAGGAGAGGAGGUGAACGGGGAAAGUUCUGGACCAUCGCAACUCUCAGAAAGUAGCACGGCCCUCCUGGACCUGGCUGGCCUGGACACAGAAGUCCCUAGUCAGUCACGUGACCGGCCACCUCAUGAACUGGGGGCCAGCCUCCUUGAUGACGAGCUGAUGUCACUGGGGCUGAACGACGUCACUCCUGCCUCCCAGCCCGGAGACGCCACUUCCUGGAACUGCUUUCAGUCUUCCGACAGCACGGAUCCGGCCGUCCCUGCAGCGAUGCUAAAGCCGGCGGUGACCACACCCUCACAAGCCCCGCCCCCAUCGGGGAACAAGGCUUUAGAAGAGCUAGACAUGUUGGGAAAAACUCUCCUGCAGCAGUCGCUGCCCCCAGAGAGCCAGCAGGUCAAAUGGGACAAGCAGCCCCCUCAGUCCAAACCCACACUACGUGAUCUCCAACACAAGUCCAAUGCGAACCCCAGCCCGAGUGCGGCCUUUUCCUCUGAGCCUCCUGGAACUCUCCUGAACUCCAUACCCGGCGUGGGAGUGCUUCCGCAGGGAAUGCCGUCUGCUUCCGCUCUCGAUCCUCCACGGGAGAUUUCCCUGAGCAAUGUGAUCGUGCCGCUGGAGUCCAUUAAACCCAGCAGCUUAUUGCCCGUGACCGUGUUUGAUCGCCACAGCCUGCGGGUCCUGUUCCACUUUGCACGCGACUCCCCCCCCGGCCGGCCCGACGUGCUGGUGGUCGUCAUCUCCAUGUUGUCGUCUGCCCCUGUUCCCGUCACCAGCAUCCGCUUCCAGGCAGCCGUCCCCAAGAUAAUGAAGGUGAAGCUUCAGCCCCCUUCGGGGACUGAGCUGCCUUCCUUCAACCCCAUCCUACCCCCUGCUGCCAUCACUCAGGUGCUGUUGCUGGCCAACCCCAGCAAGGAGAAGGUCCGGCUGCGAUACAAACUCACCUUUGUCCUGGGUGAGGAAUCCCAUGAUGAGACCGGGGAUGUAGAACAGUUUCCUGCACCAGAAACCUGGGGAAGUCUUUAGGAGGAUGGACCGACUUCCUGUCACAUGACCCUCUGGGUGUCACAUGCUCCAGCCCUUGCAUUAGAGUUCCGUCACUGUCCCCAAUGCCCUCUUUACAUGUUCAUUUUUGUCUUUAUUUUAAUCCAUUCCAAUCCAGCUCGACAAUAAUAAACAGCCGAUUUCUGCUCCCUUACUGUAUUCUAAUGAACAUAGAUGUAUUUUUCCUGUGAAUCAAAAACCUGAAUGAUUUGACUUCAAAUUUAAAAGCAGUAUAUUUAAAAUUUAACCUGUCUGUGUGGCUGUGUAUGCUGUACAAUACUCUACUGUGCUGUAAUAUAAUAUAGUACAAGGUAUUGUAUUGUAGUCUUUUUGUGCCCAGGAUGUGGGGCAGCUGGUCCAGCAUAAGGGCGUCUUGUGUGAAAUGAUUUGCUACUUUUUUUUCCCUCCCUCCAGUGAUUCAGCUACAGCAAUUUAUAGCAAUGGAAUGUCUCCUGUUCUCUCCCACCCACCCCAAAUAUUCUUGUCUGUGCAAUGCUGUCAUCAAACUUCAUUACUUUUGAGUAACACUAGUUUUCCAUUACUUAAGAACUCCUAUGCCUGAAAUGUAUGGAAAACAGCGCUUACCUAAAUUCUGUUGUCUAUUGCUGUGGUUUGACAGUGAACCACCCAGUACAUAGACAAACGAUCAAUACUGAAGUCUUAUUUUAUAUGCCGUAUGUGCCUAUUCUGACAAAUUCUGAUUGAUCUUGUAUGUAUAUAUGUGUGUUUUUUUUUUCUUUUGUCUGAGAUGUAGGGUGUAGUCAGCUCUGGCUGUUGUUUUUGGUGUGUUUAAGAGUUAGGGGGACUUUGCACUUGGUUACAAAGGGCAAGAUGCAUAAAAUGCUGCUACAUUUAGAUCACAAGGUUGUUUAGCCCUAGUUUGUAUAGCUUGUUACAGGACAGAACUGAACAACAGAAGGUAUAAACAGAAACACUUCCGGUCCCUGCAACACGACGGCAUCACCUUCCCCAAGGCCUCGCCACCCUCCCAGCAUCAGAUGAAAUCUAUCCUGUUGCCCGCAGGGACACCCUCCUACAUGCGCAACACGUGCAAACCGGAUGCAUCUGUUCACAAGGCGUGCGUGUUACAACUCUGUAAAUACUGUCAGUAUUGCAAUUAUGUAUAUAUGCCAAAAUACUAAACGCUUCAGAAUUGAGGGGCAACAGGAAAGGCAGUAAACAUGCAUAUUUAAGGGAAAUAAAGCAUUUCCUUUUCUGAGGUUUA